UAUCAUCGCCAGAAAUGUCGAACCAAAGUGGGCGGUCUUUACACUCAUGCAAUCAGCCAUAUCUAAUAAGCUGUCUAUCAUGUCUCUGUUUUCACGGUUUUCUGAUUGGUUCACGCACUAAAUGCAAAGAGAGCAUUCUUUCUGUUCUUAUUCAAAAUGGCGGCUCGACAGAGGAAAGAGAAGGGUUUUUACGCGGCUUUAGACAGAGUAUCCACCGUUGAUAUUCUACCUAAAAUUGAAAAAAGAAAGCGGAAAACAAGGGGACGAUUAUGGGAAGUGGAACGUCUCGUUGCUCAAAGGGAAAACGCCACGGGCUCUACUGAAUACUUAGUUUUGUGGAGAGGAUAUUCUCCAUAUGAUUGUACCUGGGAACCUCAAGAAAAUGUUUCCCUCGAUUGUAUCCGGUUUUUUGAGAAUCCAUCCCCAGAGCAGUCUCUGUUGUUCGAUGAGUGUGCAACACUACGAGUUGCUGUGGAACAGCAUUUAAAGUCUAAGUCCAGGUUACCUGUGACUAUAAAAUUCCGCGGGGAUGCCUACAGGCGCCUUUUCAAAAACAAAGGGCAAAUCAGGGAUCGCUAUCAUUUUCUUGAAAAGGCUGACUUCCCCCCCAAGUUUUUUCCACAGUUUUGGGAUUACUGUGCUGACUCACAUGGCCAGGGAAUAAAAGUUUAUUACCCCAUGAAGAUUAGACAUUUUGUUUCCUGGUCUCCUAAGAAAUACAGGGUAGAAGACCACAAUCCCUCUCCAAGAGCUUUUCAGGAGAAGCUUACCUUCUCAUUUAUUAAAGUAGCUCUUGGAGAUACCUCUUAGGUUAACCCUUUUACUUCAAGAGUACUCUUAAUCAUAUGUUUCUGUGCUAAGAUUUUAGUCAGUUUCUUUUUAGACUAUGGAAGAAAUUUGGAUUUUUCUUGAUUUCUGGCUUGAGUACUCUUGGGAGUAAAAAGGUUAACUUUAAUGCAGCUUAUCUGUCAUAGUUUACAUUUAUCAAGACAGUAAAUUGUUCUUUGUAUAGAAUUAAAUAAGAUUAUAUCUUCUG